AUGCAUAGAAGACAACCUCCUGUCUAUUGUAAGUGUAUGAUACCACCAAUGGUUCCUCCUAAGACUUCUAUUUCUACAAAUUGUAUUCAGAAUGUAGGAUGCUUUUCUUUAAACACAGAUAGUCAUUUUAAUUAUACAAAUUCAAAGAAUAAAGAUCUAAUGAAUAUUUCAAAUCAUAAAACGCUUGUCAACCAUACACGGAGAGCUACAUUUAUGCCUGUAGAAUCAAAAGAAACAUCUAUAUCUAUUAAUAAUAUUAAAGAUACUCAUAUAGUAAAAGAAUCAUCGAUGAUUACUAAAAGAGACAAACAAAUUCUAGAACAAAUAAGUCCAAAACCAGAAUUAGAACUUAAUAUUGAUAUUUAUGAAAAAUCAAAAUCAAAAUUAUCCAAUAAAAAUAGUAAAACGUUAAUUAAUAAAACUCAAAGUCAAAUUGAUAAUAUAAAUGACAUAUCUGUGUUUCCAUUUAAUUCAUUAAAAACACAUGUAGACUUAAGUACAUCAGAAAUUGCUCAAAAAAGCAUAGAAUCUCCAGUAGUGCAAACCAUUAACAAGAGUGUAGAAAAAAACUUUCUAACUGAAGAACCAAAUAAAAUAGUUUUUAAUGAUUUGUUUUCAGGUCCUCAAAAACAAAAUAAUAAUCCUGAAUACCAUUCAGCCUUAAGACCUAGUUUAUUUUCUUAUAUGCCACCAUACAUAAGAUUUUAUUCGCAUGAUAUUAAAGGUGAAUCAUUUCCAUUAUCUUUGCAAAGUAUAUUAAAGUGGAAACUAAGUUCUAUAACUCCAAUUGUUGUACGGCGAACUAUUCAAAAUAGUGGUUUUAAACUCGUUAGGAAAUCUAAUGAUUGGGUUGGAACUUGGGGCAAGCAUAUGAAAUCAUUUUGUUUCAAAAAACUUCGGGAACAGCAAAAGCUUAACCACCUUCCGGGUACUUAUGAAAUUGGUCGCAAAGAUCGAUUGUGGAAAAACUUGAAUAGAUUACUACUAAAAUAUGGUAAAGAACAAUUUGGUUUUAUACCCACAUCAUAUAUAUUACCUCAAGAAGCCAACAUUUUACGACAAGUUUGGGAGAAAAAUGAUGAAAAUAAAUGGAUUGUUAAACCGCCAGCAUCAUAUAGAGGAACUGGAAUUCGUGUUAUAUCAAAAUGGAGUCAAAUACCAAAGAAAGUACCUAUAGUUGUACAAAGGUACAUAGAUAAUCCAUAUUUAAUCAAUGAUACCAAAUUUGAUUUAAGACUCUAUAUACUCAUCACUUCAAUCAAUCCACUUCGUCUAUAUCUUUAUGAUAACGGGCUUGUACGAUUUGCUUCAGUUAAAUAUUCAUCUGAUCUUACUACUAUAUGUGAUCGAUAUAUGCACUUGACAAAUUACAGUAUAAAUAGACUUAGUAGCCAGUUUACUGAAAAUGAAGAUGCUGAUGCAUGCCAGGGUCAUAAAUGGACAUUACGAUCAUUAUGGACUUAUAUGAAGAAAGAACGCAAUAUUGACGUUAAAGAUUUAUGGGAGAGUUUAAAAGAUUUGGUUGUAAAAACUAUCAUUAGUGGUGAAUUACCCAUGAAUAAAAUAUGUCGUUCAAAUCUAAGUAAUAGAUAUAAUGCAUACGAGUUAUUUGGAAUAGAUGUUUUGUUCGAUGAAUAUCUUAAACCUUGGAUAUUAGAGGUAAAUAUAUCUCCUUCAUUACAUUCAUCUUCUCCACUUGAUUUGGCUGUCAAAGGACCAUUAGUCAAAGACUUAAUGAAUAUGGCUGGCUAUCAUAUUCCAAACAAAAUGUCUCGUAGUACACAUAAUACUUUACUCAAGACAUUAGGUGUCAAAUCACCACUAUGUUAUGAUAAGAGAAUAUAUACAUUUAAUUUAUCUGCUAAAGAAAAAGAAAAACAAGAAUAUUAUAAACAUAUUAAAUCUAGAGAAGAAUAUAUUGAUAGCAUAUUAGAUAAUCUAUUACCAGAUGAUAUUCGGCAUCUUAUUAUUUAUGAAGACGAACUUACACAAAUUGGCUCUUUUCAAAAAGUAUUUCCAACCACUUCAUCAUUUAAAUAUCAUCAAUACUUUUUUGGCUUCAGAUAUUAUAAUAUGCUUUUAGAUGCAUGGGAAUAUAAAUAUGGUAACAACAGAGAAGAAGGAAUUGCUGUGCUAGAAAAGUUGUGUCAUUCAAAAGUUCACCUGGAAGUUCCAGACAACAAUGAAAAAGAAUCAAAAGUAACUUAUUAA